AUGAAGUUGUUUUCUUCCGUUUCUCUUUCUUAUGCCUUAUUCUCCAUUUUAGCUUGUAGCCCAAUUUCUUCUCUUGCGGCUCCUUUAACCGAGCGUUCUGAUAUCAAACAGAAUGAAGAAUUUUCUGUAAUGAGCCUCCGCUCAGGUGACAUUAACGUUCAUUUCCAUUCCUUUUAUGUUGGUGACAACAAUAACGUCUACCUCGAUCCUUAUGAUAAUGGAAAUCAAGCGGCCAAGUUCACUUUAGCAGAUACUUAUUUACUACAUGAAGGAUUUUCUGCUCACCUUGGCGAUAAUGGUGCGUUAUAUUUUCAACGUAAUGAUGAGGGUUCUGUUCCUGGAUUUACUUUUGGAGAACGCAUUGCUUCUGGCUAUGCUCUAGUUCUUAAUGGACAAAGCCCCAUAGCUUGUCCUAUCGAAGAGGAUUCCUCUGUUUACUCUGUCUUCUUUGGUAAAGGGAAUGGUAAUAGCAAUAUUAUCUCCUAUUGUUUAUCCCAAAAGCAAGAUGAUCACGUCAAUUCCAUUUUUAGUUUUGAUUCUCCUCGGAUUGACGAAAAUGACUGUCAUCUUCACUUUCAUAUCGAUAAAAAAGUUGAUGGCCCCAUUGGCAUUAAAGAAUUCAAGCUCUACGGCCUUACUUCUGUCGCCGAUAUUCUCACUACUUGGGCAAAUUACCCUGCCCACAAAACUGAAAUCGGUCGCUUUAAUUGCUCUUCCAAUGGUCUCUACUUGACUGUUUAA